UCUUUCUUUCUCAGGUGAUUAAUAAUUAAUUAAUCAAUAAAAAAUAAGAGAGGAAUUUGGACGUGCUGCAACCAGCAAGCUCUCACCCCCCGCGCAACCACAAUCUUCCCGCCGGUCCACAUUACUCAUCUUUCCCAGAUCUACACACUCCAAUACGCCAUCGUUUCGAUGGCCGUUCACUAAAACCCCGCCAGGCUCCGACUCCCCCCCAUUUACUUCUUUUUGCUAAUGGAGUCCGAACUCAAAGACCUCAAUUCCCAUCCUGCCAAGCCGGACCGCGACGACGGUCCGGCGCCCAAGGACGAUCGACCGCUCCUCAAAUCCGACACGAACUCCUCGGUCUCCGCCGAGGAGCUCCAGGAGCUUGAGAAGAAAUGCGCGGCGUACGUGCGACGCGAUGUGUACGGCACCAUGGGACGCGGCGGAUUGCCGGUGAAGGAGAAGGUGCUGCUGGGGCUCGCGCUGGUGACUCUGGUUCCGAUACGGGUGGUGCUGGCCACGACGGUGUUGGUGCUGUACUACUUGAUUUGCCGGAUUUGCACGCUCUUCAAAGUCCCCAAUCGCGAUGAGCAGGAGCAGGAGGAUUACGCGCACAUGGGCGGAUGGCGGCGGGCGGUGAUUGUCCAGUGCGGCCGCGCCUUAUCCAGAGUUAUGCUCGUCGUCUUCGGCUUCUAUUGGAUCAGCGAAAUCUAUCGAAUAUCAUCGGAUUCCGACCCCAAACCCGCCGCCCAGGGAAAAGAUGGGGCCGAAGAGAAGGAGCCCGAAAGGCCAGGGGCGAUUAUAUCGAAUCACGUUUCGUAUUUGGAUAUCUUGUAUCACAUGUCUAAUUCGUUUCCGAGCUUCGUUGCCAAGAGAUCGGUGGCAAAACUUCCUCUAGUAGGCCUCAUCAGCAAGUGCCUGGGUUGUGUCUAUGUUCAGCGGGAGUCAAAGUCAUCAGACUUCAAGGGAGUUGCAGGUGCCGUGACUGAAAGAGUUAAAGAAGCACAUCAGAAUAAAUCUGCCCCACCAAUAAUGCUUUUCCCAGAGGGCACUACUACAAACGGAGACUUUCUUCUGCCAUUCAAGACGGGAGCAUUUCUAGCAAAAUCUCCGGUUCUUCCGGUGAUUCUUAGGUAUCCUUACCACAGAUUUAGUCCUGCAUGGGACUCGAUAUCUGGGGUGCGCCAUGUGAUAUUUCUCCUCUGUCAAUUUGUAAAUCACAUAGAGGUCACAAGGUUACCUGUUUAUUACCCCUCACAAGAAGAAAAGGAUGAUCCAAAACUCUAUGCUAGUAACGUCAGAAGAAUGAUGGCCAGUGAGGGCAACAUGGCUCUAGCAGAUAUUGGACUUGCUGAGAAGCGGGUGUAUCAUGCUGCUCUUAAUGGUUUGUUUUCCCAAUGCUAAUUCGGACCGUCAUCUGUAUAUUCAUGUAUGAUUCUAUUUGUUGUAGGGAAAUAUUAAAAUUGAUGUGGAAUGCUGAAGAAUUAUUUUUGGUCGGGUAAGUUGAAACGGUAUUUUUACGAUGCAUGCUGUUGUGGAUUUAAGCUGGCAUUCCCAAAGCAGGCGUUUUCCGGUGGCUCUACGUUCUCGCAGUUAAUGGAGGAGGGAAUGGGUUCGCGGAAGUCGAUUUAUCUCGACGAGCUGGGCUGGUACAUGUAUUUGCUGGGAUUUUGUUUCACCAGUAUAAAGCUCUGAUCUUGGUAGAGCCUAAUAGUGCUAACGUGUGAUGAUGUAUCUCAAUCUGAUCCUUUCUAGUGCAAAAUUAACAAAGAUAGAUUUUACUCUGAA